GUUUGAUGAUAUUAUUGUAAUAUUCUCGAAUACAGUAAUUUCUGUUCUAUUAUAAUUUCUUAUUUUUUCAAGUAAUAGAGAUUAACAUGUGAUCGAGCUUUGAGGAUUUUUCUUAAGGUUAGGAUUUAAUCGCAUUGUUAUGAUAUCUCUAUUACCAUCUGUUGCUUUUGUUAUCAUCUGUGAUGACUGUUGUGAUAGUUCAUAUCAUAGAAGAUGAUGAAGAUAUUUUAACAUUUCACAUAUGACUUGACGUAAAUUAUACGUGCAAAGCAAUAUAUUUGAUUAGCUUAUAUAUAAAUUAAUAUUUAUAUAUACACCACUUGCAAAAUUAUUUGCCUAUUAUCUUUUCCUUUAAAUUAUUUUUCGAGUCUUAGGUGAACCCCUAAAGUUCUUAAAAAUACCAAAACAUUCCCAAUCAAACUUAAAUCUAAUUUUGACAUUUUUAUAUGAACUAAAUAAUCAAAAAGUGAAAUCUAGCAAAUUAUUUUUAACUUAUUAUAUUUACAUAAACUUUCACUGUUUCAAAGUUAAAAGUUAAAUUUCAAUUGAUUAUAUUUUUUCGUUGGAUAUACGUGGAGCUUGUAACUUCAAUUGAAUUGAAUGGAUAUAUUGGGAGCUUGUAACUUCAAUUGAAUUGAAAAAGAUUUGUUGAGAGUUAAUUAUUUAUUUUUUAUAAAAUAAUAUAUUUUUAUUAUAUUUAUUAAAAGUUAAUUAUCUAUUUCGAUAGAUUUAAAAUUAAAAAUUUUAUAAUUAUAUAAAAUAUUAAAAUUUUAAUUAAUUUUUAAAUUUCAAUCUGUUGAGAUUUAUGUUGUUCCUAAAAAAGAAAAAAAAAAAUAUUUUGGAUUAUUGUUUGUCCUUACGUGGACAACAAAGAGAGCUCUAAUCACCACGUAACAAAAUACUUCAAUAAUUCAAAUGCAAUUAGGCAACCUCAAUUAUUUUAUAUUUUUUUGAUUGUCUUUUUCCAUAGAUUUAUGGAUAAGUAUUGUAUAUUUUAGAAAGUGUAGAUCCUUCUGAGUUCUUCCUUUUUCUAAUUUCAUUCAUGCAUAAUGCAAAAUAUUUGUCUUUUUUACCCUUUUCGAAAUAUUGUCUUUUCUCAUAUACCUUACUUUUUAAAAGAAAAAACUUGAAUUUUUUUCUCACAUGCUAAUAGAUAAGUAUUUAAAAGUUAAAAAGUGUAUCAAAUUAUUUUUUAAAUCUUUUGUUAUAUAUUUUCUCCGUCUUAAAUUGAGAUGAUACAAUUAUUAAGAAAAUAAUAUUUGAUAAUGUAACUUUAUCAUUUUGAUCCUAUUAAUUGUGUCAUGUUGUUAGUUUUAAUAUUGAUGGAGUUUUUAUAUGGCUGAUAUUAAACACUUUUUGCAUGGAUAAUUAGGAUUAUCAAAGUUUUUGCAACAUUUUUCAAGAUUUGAUAAUUUAAUGCUAGUAACAAGGAGUAAUUAAUUAUUAAUGGAAAAAAAGAGUAAAAUAAAAAAUCAAAUUAGAAAAUUUGGGACGGGUAAUUUGAGACGGAGAAGUAGUUAUAGAUAAGUAUUGUAUAUUCUAGAAGACUACAUAGAUAGCAUAUCUUUUAAUUAAAUAUGUACUAUAUUUCAGCAAGCCAACAGAAGAAAAAUAUUAAAUAAAAAAUGGAAGGAGGAGGUAGAAAUAUUGGAGAAGAAAAGAAAAAGAAAGUGAUGGUGGCUAUUGAUGAAAAUGAAUGUAGUUUUUAUGCAUUAAAAUGGGCAUUAGAAAAUCUUUAUGAAUCUUUACAGAAUUCUGAAGUUGUGUUAUUCACAGCACAGCCAAUUUCUGAUUAUGGAUAUAUCUAUGCUUCUUCUUUUGGUGUUGCAUCUCCACAACUAAUGGCAAGUGUACAACAAAACCAAAAGAAAGUAGCCAAUGCUCUCCUCAAGAAAGCUAAGGAUUUCUGCACUGAACAUGAGAUAGUUGCUGAGACUAUGACACAAAUGGGAGAUCCCAAGGAUACUAUAUGUGAAGUAGCUGAGAAGCUUCAUGCUGAUUUGCUUGUGCUUGGUAGUAAUAACAAGGGUGCUCUACAUAGCCCGCCGGAUCACCCACAUCCUCUCCAGUGUCUCCCAGGGGAUCGCCUGUCGAUUUUGGAGCUGGGCUCCGGACCCAUCCACCGAACCGUGGGCUAACACUCACUGAAAAGGCUCGUUCAUCGUUUCAUCGGAUUGACCACUCAAAUGGCCCAGGCGGCUCCACCGAAUCACUCAUUUCCACUCCACAGCUCCUGGGGUGCCGCCUAUCGAUUGCCUACAUAUGCCGCCGGCCCCAGGUCCACCCACCGAACAGUGGGCUAACACUCACCAAAAGCACCGCCUAUCGAUUUGUGCCCACAUAUGUCGCCGGCCCCAGGUCCACCAACCGAACAGUGGGCUAACACUCACCAAAAGCACACAACGAAAAAUUUAGUAUGCCGAGCUGUCUUUUUUAUUUUGUGGAUAAUAAUGUUUUUUCAUUUGGAUAUGGAAACAGGGCAUUUCUGGGAAGUGUUAGCAACUAUUGUGUUCACAAUGCCAAGUGCCCUGUUCUUGUUGUGAGGAAAAUGCCAUGAAGUCAGUUGAUUUUACGCGAAGGAUAUUUACGGGAAAACAUCCUUAAAAAAUAAAUAAAUUUGUAAUAUUGCAAAUAUAAUAAACAAAGUUGACGUAUUAGACGAAAUGCUUUUAGACAUUGUGUAUAAUUAAUUAAAUUUAUGGUAUAUGUGUGGACUUUCUUCUCAUUUUUAGGCUUGCACCCUUUUUUAUGAACAAUUUGUUUGUAUAACAUGUAUAUAUACAAAAGUAAAUGUUUAUGACACCA